AGAGGGGGAGUCGGCCUCUUUGUUCUUUCCUUUUCUUAGCAGGUAAGAAUUACCUCCUUUUCAUGGCCGUAAGGCCCAUCCGCCUAAUUCAGGAUUAUCGUAUAAUCUCUUUUUACCUCGCAACGCUUGCUGCUCCUGCUCGUUCUUCACAUCUUAAUCGUCUACCGCUGAGAACCGAAAGAGUACCUCUUUUAGGCCUUCGGAGGAUCUUCUGCGUGUCUCCACUCGCUUACGCAGAGCAAGAACCACCAUUGCGUAAUCGCCUUUCGUCGUCCCUAACGGAAAACCUGGCGCAGAAAAUAGGAAAAUCUAUCCGCAGGCCCGGUGCCGCUUCAAAGGCUAGGGUUCAUGCCGAUGUUAAUGUACUCCGACCUAAAGAAUACUGGGAUUACGAGUCACUCGCUGUCCAAUGGGGGGAACAGGACGAUUAUGAAGUGGUUAGGAAGGUGGGAAGGGGUAAGUACAGCGAGGUCUUCGAAGGUUUCCAUUGCACUAACAAUGAGCGAUGUAUUAUAAAGAUCCUCAAACCCGUAAAGAAGAAGAAGAUCAAGAGGGAGAUUAAAAUACUGCAGAACCUUUGUGGAGGGCCUAAUAUUGUGAAAUUGCUGGAUAUUGUCAGAGAUCAGCAAUCAAAGACUCCUAGCUUCAUAUUUGAAUAUGUGAACAAUACGGAUUUUAAAGUGCUUUAUCCAACGUUAACAGACUACGAUACUCGAUAUUACAUCUACGAACUUUUGAAGGCACUAGAGUAUUGCCACUCACAAGGUAUUAUGCACCGAGAUGUGAAGCCCCACAAUGUAAUGAUUGAUCAUGAGCAGCGUAAGCUCCGUCUUAUAGAUUGGGGGCUUGCAGAGUUCUAUCAUCCAGGAAAAGAGUACAAUGUUCGGGUCGCUUCAAGGUACUUUAAAGGCCCAGAACUUCUAGUUGAUUUACAAGACUAUGAUUAUUCUUUAGAUUUGUGGAGCCUUGGUUGUAUGUUUGCUGGAAUGAUAUUCCGCAAGGAGCCAUUUUUCUACGGGCAUGAUAAUUAUGAUCAACUGGUCAAAAUAGCUAAGGUACUUGGGACCGAUGAAUUGAAUGCAUAUCUGAACAAAUACCAUUUGGAGUUGGACCCACACCUUGAGGCCCUUGUUGGGAGACACAGCAGGAAGCCAUGGACGAAGUUCAUUAAUGCUGAUAAUCAACAUUUAGCAGUUCCAGAGGCAAUUGAUUUUCUUGACAAGUUGCUGCGAUAUGACCACCAAGAAAGGCCAACUGCUAAAGAAGCAAUGGCCCAUCCUUAUUUUCUUCCAGUGAGGAGUGCAGAAAGCAGCAGGACUCGUACCCAAUAGCUUGAAUCCUACAUCCUGAUCCAAAAUUGGAUUGGGUUCCACUACUGAUCAAUAAUGGGAUGUCUCUAGGUUUUUUCUAUGUUGGAUGGGAUAUAAUUAUGGGAUUGUCUGAAUGACACCUAUUUAGGUGUAUUUAGAAAAUAUAACCUUUUAA